GGCUAUCGCGCUUACGUGGCACCAUUUUACAUUUAGGGCAAGGAAAGCUCUCUAGAAGCUUGGCGAUGGGCGCGAGUCACAGCAACCUCGUCCAUGCCGCGAGCGAGGAGGCGGGGGUGAAAGCGGCGGAGCUUCCAGUGGUAGAGACUGCUGCGCCGACCAGACAGGAAGCGGAAUUGCCAGUUCCGACCGAGGAGUCCUCUGACUCUCCUUCUGACUCCACUGCUCAUGCAUCCAAUCCGGAUUCUUCUUCUUCCGAGCUCCAAGAAGAAGAAAAGGAGCAUGCAUCGCAAGAAGGAGCUGCUGCUGGCGAAGACGCUGGAGACAAUGGAGAGAAUUUAGUCCAGGAAGAGCCGGAGGAGGAGAAAGAAGAAGAAGAAGAAGAGCAACCAAAGCCCAAACUCACGGUCGAGGACGUCUUGAAUACAAAGACUGCUCCAUUUGAUAUCCGGUUUCCAUCGACCAACCAAACCAAGCACUGCUACACUCGCUACAUUGAAUAUCACAAGUGCCGCAAAGAAAGAGGACCUGACGCUCCGGAGUGUGACAAAUAUGCCAGAUACUAUCGCUCUCUGUGCCCCUCCGAAUGGGUAAGUCCUUUUAAAUCUGUUCGUGAUAGAUACAGAUGCGUAACUGGUGCUACUAUCUACAGAUUGAGAGAUGGAACGAGCAGAGGGAGAUGGGUGUCUUUCCCGGACCUUAUUAGGCAGGCUGCCGAGUUCAAAUAAAAUUUAGCUGGCGAGUACCAAGCACGAUAAGUAAGUAGACAACUCACAUUUUCGAACAAAAACAGGCAGGUGUAUCCCGAAAGAAUGCGCUGUGAGUGUUCUCCAUUCUUUGGUACUCAUGUCAACCACUUUCUUCUUCAAUCUCAAGCCAGAUCUCAAACGAA